GGACUCAAAGUGAUGAGGUGCCACACGUGCAACGUUGGUGGGAGUGUCUGCCGCGAGUAGAAAUCUACUCCUCUCCUGCGGACAGCUAGCAGCCACCUCUCCAUUCCCAAAGCGGACUCUCAAAAUCAACUAGAGGAAUUGACACGGGCUGAAUAGGACUUAAAACACAUCUGUUGUAGAGAAAGUUAUCUUAUUUCGACUGUUUUCAGCCAACAGAAUGGCAUUGUGGCGGGUUACGGUUGUCUCGAUGUGGUAUUUGAUCGCGUUGAGCUCCGCGCGCAGGACUGGUGCUGAAGACGGAGAGGUUUUGGAGAAAACGAACAGCGCGAGAUGUACUUCGCGCUGCUUCAGUCUGCACAUGACACAACUCACAGCAUCUUUUAAACAUCUUCAGAGUGAUGACGUCUUGGGCUGGUGUGAGAGCCACCGGAGGUGUUCACAGUGCCUACAGCCAUGCAAGGAACUGUGGGAGACCAGAAGAGACCUGUCUCAGAAACCAUGCGAGAAGCAUCAUGAGUGUGUGACCAGUUGGGAGUUCUUGGUGUCUCUGAGGUCAGGGAAGCAGGGGGACUGCCCCCCUCCCCAGCGAGCCAUGGGAUUUGCUGCCGCCUGCGUGGAGAGCUGCUCCGCUGACAAACACUGCUCUGCCUCCAAGAAGUGCUGCUCCAAUGGCUGCGGACACACCUGCCAGGCUCCAGCCAAUCUCUAUAAAGGCGUACCUCUGAAGCCCAGGAAGGACAUACUAUUUCUGGAGGACCAGCAGGGUCAACUGGAGGUCAGAUGGAUGUCAAAGUUCAAUGUGACCAUCGAGCCAGUCCUCUACAUCCUGCAGCGCAGGUGGAACCACGGAAUACACCCCAGCGAGGACGACGCCUCGCCCUGGCACACCGUCGUCAUGACGAUGGAGGACCGAGCGGUGCUGAAGGACAUCCGUCCCCACAGGUGGUACCAGUUUAGGGUGAGCGCUGUCAACAGCCAGGGCACCCGCGGCUUCACCACCCCCAGCAAACACUUCUUCUCAACCAGAGACCCGUUCCCCCCAGAGGCCCCCCAGAGUGUUCGUGCUGGGAACGAGACCCAGGGGACGGACGGCAGCAGUGUGGGGGUACAGAUCCUCUGGGACCCCCCCAAAGAGGGAGACCUUCCAGUUCAUCACUACAAGGUCACCUGUGGCGCUCGCCACGCUCUUCGCCCCUCUGCACAGGACAGAAAGGACAACGCCCGGGUCACCCAGGGAGCUGUAUGUGAGAUGGAUCUCCAAGGUCUGCUGCCAGGUACCUCUUACCUGAUCCAGGUCCAGGCCAUCUCCUACUGGGGACAGAAACGCCUGAAGAGUGGCCGUGCCCAGCUCACCUUUACCACAAAAACUACAGGUUUGUCAUCUUUACCUGCCCCACCUGGCCCUGAGCAGACUAAAGGUCAGUUCUCCAACGAGCUCCCUUCCGCCCCUCACCUGGUCAACCCUGCUGCCCCUCACCUGGUCAACCCUUCGUCUCCCCACAACCUUCGCUUGGAAGCCGCUGCCCCUCACUACCACAACAACCAGCUGCAGGUUAAGGUCUUCUGGAAGAGACGGCACCAAGAAACCUAUAGGGACUCCACUACAUACGUCCUGAGGUGGUAUCCUCAUGUAUGUGCCAGCAACGUCAGCCAGACAGAGAAAAAAGCCACUGUGCAGGGAACACAUUAUGUUAUCACUGGGCUGCUGUUCGCCUGUAAGUACCGGAUCGCUGUGGCGCUCGUAGCACCAGAGGGGGAUCAGAGGUCAGAAGCUGUUACUGCGGUAACGACCCCACCUUGUUCUGCGGUCAUGGCGAGAGGGGGCAAGGCCUUGCCCUGUGCCAGAGAAGAGCGCCCCCUGGUGUCCAAGAAGGUGGCACUGCGUCCUGAGAAGCUGACUGCAGAGUUCCACACGGUCAACGGUUCCCUGCAGGGCCUGUUCCGCUGGCAGCUCUCCCAGACUGCACCGGGGCAGACGCCCAUCGCAGGGUUCCAGUUCUCCUGGGUGCAAGUGUCCUCUAGCGCCAUGGCAACGGGAGGACAGGACACCCGUAUCUCUCAGACACAGAUAGUAGCCCCGGACCAGCGCUCUCUGACAGUGGAGUGGCUGCAGCCAGACAGUGUGUAUAAGCUACAGGUCCAGGUGCUGUCAGCAGGUGGCAGUGGCCUCUCAGUGGCCAGGACACUCCAUACACCUCCCCUAAACACCACUCUGCUAUGAGGCUCCUCCCCCCAACGUGCUUCGUCCUCUGCUGCUCGUCAUCACUAGCGCCGUAGUGUGUAUUGAGAACACCACCUCCACAGCCUGUAUAUGUGUCCACUAGAACACACACACACACACACACACACACACACACCAACGCCGUGCCAGUGCUGCACUGCUCUCUGUUGUCUUUAUCACACAGAGAUAUAUUGCAUGAUGAACGAAAUCACCUUUACCUGAAAGAUCAAGUGAAUCUAUACCAUGGCCAUUACACUUACAAUACAUGUGUGUUUAAUGUUUAGAGAUGAUACUUUUCAGUCGUGUAUAAUGUAAUCAUAAUUUACACAUGUAAAGAAAAAUAUAUAGCACUGAUGUAUGUAGUCAUACCAAACUGUCUGUCUUUUUCAUUGAUCUCUACACAGUAUGUUCCUGAAAGUAAAAUGGCCCGGCGUAAAGCAGUUAGUAACCUGUUGUAGUUUAGUAUUUUUGUAAUAUUGCGCUAUAAGUUAUUAUUUCAAGCAUAUGAUAACCCCAGCAGGGACUUUGAUGUAUGUAACCCUCUUAUAUAAAUCGUUGUUCCAGUUUUAUUUAUUGUGUUGUAAUUAAAGAGUAUUGUAAUAUGU